AUGUCUCAUAUUCUUAUCACAGCCGUCUUAGUCCUUAUCACCAUUCAACCUCUCAUUGAUAAGGAAUGGCCAAUUGACCAAGAUUUUUUUAUUCGGCACAUUGGCCAAAACGAGCACUAUAUGAUGCUCGAUUGCAAGUGUCCAUCGAUUGACCAGCGGAAAAUUUUGAAAGGAUUUGUGGAGGAUCGAAUUGCGGAAAAUAGGGAAGAAGUGCCAAAUUUCACGGACGACGAGCUGCGAAUGCUGCUUUGCACCUGCCCAGUCCGUCUAAAUGGCACAAUGGAGUUGGAAAUCUUCAACCCAAAUAUUUCCUAUUCAGAGAUUUAA